AUGAAGGAAGCAGCGACUCCUUCCACUGAGCCAAUUGGGCAGAACCUCAUCAAGUUGAUAAGCAAUCUGUGCUUCUCAGUCUUCGUCUUCACUGUUCUGAUUUUCACUGUUAUUGCAAUCACCUACCAACCUCCAGAUCCAUGGCUGGAAUCAGCUCCAGCUCUCACCAAAUUCUUCACCCAGAGCGAGAACGCCACUUUCCAGAUCGACAAUUCCAUCUUCAAAACCGGCGAGGAUAUACAGACUGUGAGUAUUAGUGCUCCUGCUGCUCUCCCUUCGACGGGGAUCACAGAGGAGGUGAUCGAGAAAUCCGAAGCCAAGAUUGAGAUUGAGAAUGAAAAUGCUUCUACUACUCUGCAAUCCUCGGGCUGUGAGGAUUCAAACCUUGUCAAUUGCUCCGAUCCCAUGGUUCUGAUUGCAGUCGAGAGGUUCAAUCUAAAGCGUUUCAAGACCAACAUUGUGUUCUUGGACUAUCAGACUCCCGUUAAUGGCUCGAACCCCGAUGAAUGUGAUGUCUCCUGGAGGUUUCGUAACAAGAAGGAGAAGUCAUGGAGGAAGUACAGGGAUUUCAGGCGGUUCAAGUUUGGGUAUGGAGAUAAUUGCACCUACGAGAUUGUCCACGCGAAUGGCUGGCAUUCGGGUCUCAAUGCCCGUCGGCCAAGAGCUGCUACUAGACCUGGUGGUCGAACCAGGCCAAGAGUUGCUCCACCGGUUCGUGACGACGAGAUAAACGACACCAUCCCAACCCUAGGGUCAGACUUGAAUUUCAGGAAAGGGAAGUACUUAUAUUACUCAAGAGGAGGGGAUUACUGCAAAGGGAUGAAUCAGUACAUGUGGAGCUUCCUAUGUGGAUUAGGAGAAGCAAUGUACUUAAACCGAACAUUCGUGAUGGACUUGAGCUUAUGCUUAUCAGGUAGCUACAACCCUAGUGGGAAGGACGAAGAAGGGAAAGAUUUCCGGUACUACUUUGACUUUGAGCAUCUCAAGGAGGCAGCAUCGAUCGUGGAAGAGAGUGAGUUUUUGAGGGAUUGGAAGAAAUGGGAUCGUUCACACAAGAGAAAGAUCCCAGUGAGGAAGAUCGUGACUCAUAAGACAACACCAAUGCAACUGAAGAAAGAUAAGAGCAGUAUCAUCUGGAGGCAGUUCGAUUCGCCCGAGCCUGAGAACUAUUGGUACAGAGUAUGCGAAGGUGAAGCUUCCAAGCACGUACAGAGGCCAUGGCACGCGAUUUGGAAGUCCAAGAGGCUGAUGAACAUAGUGAGUGACAUCAGUGGGCGUAUGGACUGGGAUUUCGAUGCGGUUCAUGUGGUUCGAGGUGAGAAAGCAGUGAAUAAAGAACGAUGGCCACAUCUAGAUUCUGACACGUCCCCAGAUGCCUUGGUGGAGAAGGUUCAAAAGAUGGUUCAUCCAUGGAGGAACUUGUACGUGGCGACGAACGAGCCGUUCUAUAAUUACUUCGAUAAGCUGAGGUCACACUUUAAGGUGCAUUUGCUGGAUGAUUACAAGGAGAUGUGGGGGGAAACAAGCGAUUGGUUUAACGAGACGAGGGAAUUGAAUGGCGGGAGGGCAGUGGAGUUCGAUGGGUAUAUGAGAGUUGCAGUGGAUACUGAGGUGUUCUAUAGGGGGAAGACUCGGGUUGAGACGUUCUAUAAUUUGACGAGUGAUUGCAAGGACGGGAUUAAUACGUGCUGA